CCUCGCGGCUUCGCGAAAGCGGCCAAGCCGAAGAGCCUCCGGGAUAUCAAGGCCGCCGACGAGGCCGCCCCCAUUUUCCAGUACGUGGGAGACCGAGCCAAGAGGAAGGACCGGGUCUUCGUGUGCGGCUUCACCUACUCGGGGGCUCUGGGCAUCCCUUCCUUCGUCGUCCCGGAUGCAGGGAAGAGGCGAAGGCGGAUCCAGCCCACGCCCUACCGCCUGGAGGUGGAGGAGAAGAUUUCUUCUGCUGCCUGUGGCUAUGGGUUUACACUUCUGUCCUCCAAAACAAUGGAUAUUAACAAGAUCUGGGGAAUGGGGCUGAAUAAAGAUUCUCAGAUUGGAUUUCAUAGGAGCAAGGGAGAUCGAUCUAAAGGCUAUGAAUAUGUCUUGGAGCCAAGCCCUGUUCCCUUGCCAUUGGCCAAGCCACAGCAGAGCAGAGUUUUGCAAGUGUCCUGCGGGAGAGCGCAUUCCUUGGUGCUAACAGAUGCAGAAGGAGUCUUUAGCAUGGGCAACAAUGCUUAUGGCCAGUGUGGCCGAAAAGUAAUUGAAGGUGAAAUAUACAGCGAGAGCCAGAUCAUUAACAGACUGCAAGGUUUUGAAGAUAGAGUGGUCCAAGUUGCCUGUGGGCAGGACCAUAGCCUCUUCAGGACUGAGAAAGGAGAUGUCUAUUCUUGUGGUUGGGGAGCUGAUGGCCAGACAGGCCUAGGCCAUUACAACAUAGUUAGUGUUCCCACAAAACUGGGUGGAGACAUUGCUGGUGUCCGCAUUACACAGGUCACAACCUAUGGAGAUUCUUGCCUUGCUGUGUCUGAGACUGGUGAGCUCUUUGGCUGGGGAAACUCGGAAUAUCUACAGCUAGCUUCUGUUACUGAGACAACCCAGGUCAAUGUGCCCAGACAUCUGCCCUUCAAUAUUGGGAGAGUGAAGGAAGCUUCCUGUGGUGGAACUGGCAAUGCCAUCUUAACUGAGGAAGGCCAUGUUUUUGUGUGGGGCUAUGGAAUUCUUGGGAAAGGACCAAAUCUUAUGGAAACAGCCACUCCUGAGAUGAUCCCACCUUCCCUUUUUGGCUUGUCAGACUUCAACCCUGACAUCUUUGUGGCCCACAUCCAUUGUGGAUUAAACCAGUUUGCAGCAAUCAACAAUCGCGGAGAACUCUUUAUAUGGGGCAAAAAUGUGCGAGGGUGUUUGGGAAUUGGCAGAAUGGAAGACCAGUACUUUCCCUGGAGGGUGACAGUGCCAGGUGAGGUGGUGGAUGUGGCCUGUGGUGUUGAUCACAUGGUCAUUUUGGUUAAAUCCUUUGUUUAGCAGUGUUCCUGCAUACUCAUGCCUGUCCAAAUGAGUGGGGAGCCAGAUCGUACGAGGCUCUGCUGGGGCACUGGCGCUGGCCUGUUUCCCUGACUGAAGCCAGGAGGACCUUCGUGAGCCAAUUCGGAGAGACUUAAGUGUGCAGCAACAGUAGCCCAAGGAGCAGCUGAAGAAAGUGCAAGCGUGGCAGUGGGACAUUUAUUGCUAACGCCAACUGUCCUGGGUUCUUUCCAAACAAAGCACUCCUGUUUUCUCGGGUAGUGUUAGCGUGUUGCUGCUGUGAGGUCCUGAAACAGCACCAGACAAAAGAAUUAGGUCUGUUCAAUAGUGAAGGAGGAUGUGCUGCACUGCAGGAUGACCUGACACUUCCAACAGCUUUGGGAGGUACUUGUGGACCCUCAGUCUAUUUUUUUUAAUGAACUGAGUCUUACAAGAUCACCGAGAAUCUCGUAAGAUUUCAGCAUAAUCAUGUGAGGUCAUGUGAGAUCUUAUGAGUCAGAUUUGGUGAUCCCAAAAUUUAUGAAAUUUAUGCCAUUGUUUAACUAAUAAAAUUAUGUAUCUAAUGCCAAAAAUAUUGCUGAUCCAACA